GUUGUCAUGGCCGGAACGGCUGCUGCGUACAUUCUGGGCACUCCAGGUACAAGCAACCUCAGUUCUUCUCCAGAAGCGGUUUGCCUGACCCACGUUGGCGUUGUCAAGGGCACGAAAUACCUCGACAGCCUGCUGACACACGAGUUUCAAAACAACCCGGGCGUGCACUUGAAGCACUUGCAAGUCGCGUCCCUGCGCCCAUACCUCAGCAAUGCCCGAACGGCAUGGUUCCUGAUUGAAAUGCUGCGCCAUUUCACUUGGGCGCCAAAGGAGGUCAGUCCCAAGAGUGCAGUCUCAAUUUGGAAGCGCUACCCAGCAGCCACGGGCUGCUACGUGCCCUUGAUGUACAGAUCAACGAACGGCUUGCAGCGAUUGAAGACUGCUAAAGAUCGCGAGGACAUUGCCAACCGGGCGCUCAAACUUUUGAUGCGCGCCGACCUUCUGACACCAGACACGAUGCCGACGCUUCAGGAAGCUGUAGAGUGUGUAAGCCUUGGGCUGUGCAACGUUUCAAACUACAGCCAAGCCCAAGGUAUCCUUGAACGAGAUCCGCACUGCAAGAAGUAUCGGGAUGACCUGAUUUUCCAGUCUUCACCUGCUUUGGCACACAUGUUGUUGGCAGCUUUCGAUGUGCCGGAGGUAGUCCCGCAGGACGGGGAUUCGCUGGAGGCGGUCAUAAUGGAGGCGGAAAGACGCUUCUCAGAGGUGCUGACGGGCCGGAAGGCCAUCGCUUUGACUCUACCACAUGCGCUGCCUCCGCAAUUGAACCAGCUGAACAUGCCAGGCGUGCCACAAGAACAAUUUCAGGAGGUUCUGGCAGCUUUGAAUGCCAGCCAGACGGUGGUGCUGCGCAAUGGGCCGAGUGCUCAAGGUGCUGACAUUAUCGUUCUUCGGAGGUUUGGAGGUGGACGGGGCACGGCCCAAGGGAGCCACGACCCCAGCGACGAGGAGACCGCCACCAACACGCAGAUCAUCCUGGACACCGGCGCCGACGCCUCAAUGGUCCCAGAGAGUUUGCGAGAACUGGGGGCCGCAGUGCCAAGCAACUCGUGCCCGCCGCGCCUUUGCGAUGCCCAGGGAAAUGCUAUUCCAACCCACUCCCUGCGCCAGUACGAGUUCUGGCUUCGGAAUGCCGAGGGCAACGCCUAUUGCAUCCGCGAGGUGUGUGUGGUGGGCCGUGUCAAGGUGCCUUUGCUGGCGGUGGGAAAGCUGUUCCGCAAGGGCUGGAGCCUAGUGCACAAGGAUGCGGGGCUUUCGCUUGAGGAGCCUUACGGCCUCCACCACACCCCCGUGAAGUUCAAGAACAACUCCUUGGCCGUGGCCGGGGACAUUCGCGCGCUCGAUCACCGAGCCGCCGCGCGUGCGCAAGGUGACCCUCACAGAGGAGAUGCAGAAGCUUGUGGGCAAGGAGGGGAUGCACGUGCUGGCCGACGGCACCAAGUUUACACAGCCCGUGCCAGCCACCUCCUCGACGCCAGGCCUUGGUACGGCGCCAGCCCGUCGUUUUCGCCUUCGCCGGCCGAGCGCCCAGACAGAGCCGAAGGUAGCGACCGAAGACAGGAGUCAGGAGCCCGGCGGCAAAGCCUUGCAGCGGAGGAGAUCAGUGGAGGAGCUGGAGAAGAUGCCGCCACCUCACCACCCAGCCUGCAGAAGCGGGCACCAGCCGGUCUUCCAGGAGAUGCCGAUGUGGAGUUUUCGGUGCGCAUGGUUGAGACAGUGGACCUGGGAGAACCGAACCCUCAGGAGCAAGCCGACCCCGAUCUAUGUUAUGGACGUCAAGGACGCCUACCUUUGUGUGCCCCAGCCGGAAUCCAGAGCAAUGGCUCGAUCACUGUUCUGUUCGGGUCCGGUGUGCCUCUGCAACGACCUCUUCGAGCUGGCCAGGCGACCCAAGGUGAAGGCGACCCCGGGAAAGGUGCCGACGACAUGUUUGCCACCGACGCCACGGAUCUGAACCCCCGCGAGGCCACCACGUAUCGGACCAUGCUUGGGAAAGUGCUUUAUAUGAGCAACGAGCGGCCGGAUGCCCAGGCGGUGAUCCAGAACCUCUCUUCCCGAGCAGCCAAGCCAACGGCAAAGGCGAUGAAGCUGAUCAAGCACUUGGUGGGGUACCUUUGGGGAACCCGGGGCUAUGGUGUAACCUUUGCCUGGCCCCAGGUGGUGACUUUGACCCAGGCCACCAGCAAGCGAUUUAGUGCACAAACCCUGGGUAUGGACAACCCAGAAGGCAGCCCAACUGGUGAUGAGGAGCAUUUGCAAACAAGCUGCCUUUGGAUACAACAAUGGGUGGCAGCCCGAACACCGCGUGUGGCAGCCGUGCCCACCCAGUUCGACCCGAGUGACAUGGGCACGAAAAGCCUACAGCAACGGCGGCUGAGGAUGCUGUGCUUCAUGGCGGGCAUGGUGGACGACCGAGGAAACCGUAUUGGCCAGGAAAAGCGUGCUGAAGCCCUUGGCCGAGACGUGUUGGGACGUUCUGGCGGCGACCUUAUGGUGAGAAUGGUGCAGGCCUUGAUGGUGAUGACCAUGCAAGGCUGCAGCGGCUAUGUGGAGGGCCCCAACGUUACCGACUUCGAGGCCCUGCUGUUCUACUUCCUGGAGGUGUUCUACAACAACCCGGCCUUCUUCCUCGCGGCCACCCUGGUCUACCUGCUCGUGACGAGCCAGUGGAACUUGAACUUCAGCGUCUCGAGCAGAGGCCCAGCCUGCUCGGACGCCGCCACCCAGACUGAGAGCAACAAGGCCGACAAGGAGACCGAGACCGAGCGCAACCCCGACAACAAGCCCAGGGAGACAAGGCCAAAGGGAGCAAAGCCCAACGAACAACUCGAGCCCAAGACGGUCAGCCACACAGAGGAGCCAGAGCUCAGCCAGGAGCCGGAGACCCUCGAGGAGGCAAAGCGCCGACUUCACGAGACCCUGACGUACGAGGAUCUCUUUGAGCCGAAGACAGGGCUUGGGCCGGCUGCGGCGACAUUUUCGGCAACGGCGGCCAGCUAUCAGAAGUGGGAAGGCGGCAUGCAACCAGUGCUGCGCGGACCACUGGAUCCCUACUGUGAAGGCCAGGACAUCCAAGAUCGCCUUUGCUGUGCUUGGGCUGCCUGGGUGACGACCACCGUGUACUCGAAUGCAAUACAAACAUAUUUCGAAGCACAAGUCACUCGGGACUGCUUCUUCCAGCGGCUCCGACAGCUCAUGGCUUGGCCAGCCACCUGUGCUUUGCUCCCACCUCCGCGGUCGAACCAGCUGGUGUGGGACACAGUCCGCGAGGAAGAGACGCUGAAAUUGAUGGAGAUGCAGUUGUCGUCCUCCGUCAGCCUGCUGCAGGAGCCAGUGGAGCGACCGCUGAGCAGGUACUUACACAAGGAGGAUAGCUACUACAACCGAGUAGUUCCAGAUUGGGACCUGCAGAUCAAGACGCUGGAGCAACAGUACCUUUAUGAAGGUGAUUUUUCACUCCUCAUCAAAGAGGUGACGGAAGAAGGUGCUAUCGUGCAGGAUGUUACCACUGGAGUCUUCGGCUUCCUCCCAGAGGCAAACUUCGGCUCUUUUGGAACCGACGUGUUGCCCGGUGACGUGGUAAAUGGGGCCAAGUGUACCUACUUGGACAACACCAUUAUCCAAAGUCCGGAUCCUUCCGUUCUUCGACUCCAGACCGGAGUCGUCUUUGAGUGGGAUGAGGCUGCUGGCGAGGGCUUCAUCAUUCCAUCCGAGGAGCAGGAUGCCUUCAACAUGAUCCGAGCCCUUCGCCGAGACAUCCGGUGGCAUGACAGCCGGCGUCUCUUUCCUGGUCAGUUCGUGCAGUUCGAGACUGCGCUGCCUCAUGAGGUUCCUGUGACUUCGGAAGAAAACCCUCGAGCACCCUUGGCACUGCGCGUGCGGGGCCUCGAAGUCCGAUUUUCCCUGGAGGAUGCCUACGAGCUCAUUCCCGAAGGCGCAGCCGAACCUCUAGUGCUGGAGGCGGACAAAGCCCCUUACAAGCUGCCGGAAAUCAGCGAAGCUGACCACGGCGACGACGGCGAUGGGCGAAGCUUGACCGACCUCAAGGACGUCUCCCAUUCAGCAAUGGACAUCGCCAAAAAGGAGAUGGCAGCACAGCGUGAUGCCUUCCCUGUGAGUCCUGCACGACCUGAGCUGGCAUCCAAGAAGAAGGUUCACCCGCUUCUCCAGCGGUUCGCAGAGGAAGAGCCCCUUCUGGCCGAGGCCGAAAGUCCAUCCUGGAUGUGGCAGCCGCACUUGGAAUACCUCAAGGAAGAGCGCUACGAUCCCAUCGUGCCUAUCCAGCUUCGCAAGAUGCCGGUGAAGCCAAAGCGAAUCCGAAUCCUCUCGCAUGAGGUGGCACUCGAGCGUGGAGACACCUGGCAGGAAGCUGCCCAGCGGCGUGGCUUGAGGCUUUGGGACAAACAGAAACCUCCAGGGCGGAAGCAACAGGAGUAUCUAUCGCAAAAGUUGCACCUUGAGAAGACCCGUGCCAAAGCGGAGAGAAUCAGGCGGAGGAAAUUGGAGCUGGCGGCUUUUGAGAAGCAGCAGAAGGAGGGUGGAAUCGAAGAUCCCGAUGAGACGAGGGAUCGUACUGCUUUCCUCGUGGCUACCCAUGACGUUGGAGGUCCUUUCAAACAAACUUAUGCCCACAUUGGCAAGAGACCAACCUCAUCCCAGAAGAACUGGCCGGAGGAGAUUGUGUUCGUCAAGGAAAUUGGCGUCUCAUUUCGUAUUGGAGGGACCAGUUGCAUCAAGCACAGCGACCAGGGCAGGCGAGAAAUCGAAGCACAAUUCCACGUGCUCAAUCCACAGAGUCAGCCGAUCCAAGGCCUCCGAUGUGCCCGCCAGUGGAAAAACGUCUUCAUCUCCAAAGUGUUCAGAGGUGUUCAGCAGCUGCCAGGGCAGGCUUGCCCGGAAGCUGGGUGGAUGAGGACGGGUAGCGUUGUCUUCAUCUCAUAUCUGACCCAGAUUCUGCAAGCGACGUUUUACUUGAAGUUUCCAGUAGCGAACUUUGGCAACGAUGGUGUCCCUGCACGGGAUGCCUUGGCUUCCUUCAUGUCCACUCUGGCGGCAGCUCCAUUGGCCCAGGAGUUUUGUCUUUUUUGCUUCUUCUGCCUCGGCUUCGCGCUCUGCCGAACGACGGCUAUGAAGCAACUGCUGGGCACUCGCAGGCACCGGGUGACUCUGGAGCAGCUGCAGACCAUGCUGGCUCAGCAGAGACAUGAAGAGGUGCUUGAUGCAUGGCCACUGCUGGAUGAAUUUACAUCCCAGGCUCUAUCCGCUGUACUUACUGCCCUCGUUGUUUUGAACAGGCCAGAAGAUGUAGGGCUCUUCCUUUCGAAGGCCGCCACCAACCUGGCACAUCUGAGGCCGUCCCUGUUCGCGUGCAUUCGGGGCUUGGUGGACUUGCAGAGCCAGGUGCCAGUGGAAUGCUUGUCGCAGGCCUUACGAGACGUCUUCCAACAAAGCCUGGCUGCCUUGGACCACCGUGCUUCGCUGGAGUUGCUGGUGGCCUUUGCAAACACGAAUGAUGCGGAAUAUGCGGAGGAGAUGGCGUCCCACCUUGCCGGCACGGAGCAGACGUUGCCGUGUGACAUCAGUGUCUCCGUGGUGCAGGGUUUCUUGUCGUGCGGAAAUCUACCAGCUGCCCUGCAUCACCUGCCCGCUGUACUAGCGCAGCCUGGACUAUCCACUGCGACGAAGGAGCAGAUGCUAGCACAAAUUGCCGCCGCUGUCGAAGAGGACUGCAGCUUGCAGCCCGGCAGGCCCAGCGCCAGUGCCUUCUUGGACAGUUUGGAAGGCCAGGGCAUCCAGUGCCAGGAGGCAGAAGCUUGUGUGCUGCGUGGCGCCACUGUGUCUGCUCUCUACCAGCGCGUUCGCAUGGCACUUACCUUGCGAGGCGUGGCAGUUGAAGUUCGCAAUCCCCAGCUUUCUCUGUUCCAAGCUUGGACAUGUCAGGACGCGUGUGCCAUAACGGGCACGACCACCAGCGGUGGGGAGGAGGACUUUGAUCCGGGACUUCCCUCGAAACCUGUUGGUGAGCAGCUUUUGAUGAGAUUGCUGCUGGGACAGCUUCAGAGGUUGCUGGAGCAAGGUCAAAGGCCACGGGGGACCGUGGUGGAUACGAAGGCAACAGGCCGGCCCGAGAAAUUGGGAGGUAUGCUUGAGGACACAUCGCGCUCAUGGCAGCAAUGGAAUUACAGGCUGGAGCUUUGGCUCACGAGCCAGUUCCCUGAGACGAGGGAUAUACUGACCUGGGCUCGGACCCAGGACGAUGAGAUCACGGCCGCUGCGCUGCGGGCGCAGAUGGUAACUGGGGUUACUCCCGAGAAAGUACAGGAGUUUAAUCGCCAGUUGGAAACUUGGAACCAUGACGGUGGAUACUCCAGGGGAUAUCACUAUGAAUUCCAGCCCUGGCUCUGGGGUGGAUAUGUAUCGCAGGCUUCAAGAUUGCAGAGCCGCUUGCACGCAACGGAUAUGGUGACUUCCUUCAGGUGGCUAUGGGCCUUGGUGUCUACGAAGGCGGUCCCCGAUGGUAAACAAAAAAACUUGAUCCCAGCUAUCGAACGCUGCGAGGACCAGCAUCGCAGGUAUGCUGCUCGUCGCGACUGCACGGCUUUGACUGAGAGGCAGAAAAUGGUCUCGCUCUUGGGGCUUGUCCCGAACGAGCUGCAGAAUCAUCUGGAACUGAACCUGCCCCGGCUCAGUACGUCCCAGCUUCUCCGGCGAGAGAUCGUUACGUUCGCUGAGAACAGGCGAGCUGCAGACGACUCUGGUGCCGGCCAUCUGCUGAAGGCCACGCUUGAGCAGGAGGACGCCGAAGAAGGCGUCGACGAGCCAGAGCAGGAGGCCGAAGAGGAGGCUGUUGUGGGCUUUAUCGGCAUGCUCGAGGCCGUUGUGGGCUUUAUCGGCAUGCUCGAGGGCGGGCCGCGAACGUUCACCUUGGCACCAGACAAAUCACGCCUCGCUGCAAAAGUCAAGCGCUUGUACCUCACCAUGGGGGGGGACAAGAACAACCUCGAGAUGGAGUACAGCAGCGGAUCGGCAUGGCUCACGAGGGGGGAGCAAUCCGUGAAGGUGUGCUCAGCUACUGCAAGCAGGCCACCGGGGGGAGAAGAAGCAGGUCCUGGAUGGGUCGAUCUGGGGGCGAUCGCGCAGGCACUCCGGUGCACCAAGGACGCCGUUGCUAAGGAGUGGACUCCGCUCAAGGGGGAAAACUUGCAGCACACCUUUGAGACGCUCACUUGGAAUGUCGGGGGCCUAUCGGCAGACAGAGUGCUGGAGGUUCUCGAGCAUUUCCGGGGGAGUUCCGAACUGCAGCACAUCGAAUUCGUCAUGAUCCAAGAAAUCAUCACUGAAGCAGGCCUGGGUGUUACGCAUGCACCGGACGAGGGGAAGCGAUACUGGAGUGGCUGCUUUCCCAAGACACCAAACUCCCACCGCAGGCCCAUCACACUGAGUUCCACUUUCCUGAAAUGGGCAGCCCAGCUUUUGCUACACCGGGCGGGGGAGAAAGUGCGCCAUGGGGGGGAAGGCCUGCAAUGGGCACGAAGGGGGAGGCAGGGCGUGGAACUGGUGGCCAUACUACGCCGCAUCGUGCAAAUGUCACGAGAUUGGGGGGUGAAGACCUGGAUUGUGAAGCUGGAUAUCAGAAAAGCCUUCGACAGCGUAUGGCAACACAGCCUCAGCGAACUCGUUGCGGCGAGGGUUGGGGGGAUCGCCUCCCCGCGAUUCCCAGUGGACGCCCAACCACAAGGGGGGGACCAACCAUGGGAGGCACUCCUCUGGCUGAGCCUGCUCGAGACUAGGUCUCUCAACGUGGCGGUGGGGGAUGUUAUCACGCCCGUGGCCCAAUCGAACGGCAUUCGACAGGGAUCCCCAGAUUCGCCUGAUUUGUUUGGGGCGAUCAUCGCCAAAGACCUCCAUGCAGCCCUUCAGAAAGCACCAAUGCAGCCUCCAGAUCCACAAGGGGGGCCCCACCCCCCAAAGCGGGGGGAUCGUUCCUUUGGGACACUUGGAAGGGGAAUUGGCGCAGGAGAGACCUUCACCAUCAGGGGGGAGACGGUCGCAAGCCAACCCGUCCAAACCAUUGUACCAGCCCUUGGUACGCCCCUCACCUUUGGCGACCAGACAGCGGCCAUCGUCGCGGAGAUGGCACGAAGGGGGAGGGCGGCCUUUGCCAAGCACAAAAAAGUGCUCACAGCACGCGCGAGCCUCAAGCCACGCAUCAUCGCGCACAUGAGCCUGGUCAGGGGGGCGGCUUUAUACGCAUCGGAAACGUGGCCGGCACACCAGCACCUCCUCCGAGCAGCCAACAGCAUACAAGCAACACACUACAGGCAGAUGAUGCACCUGAACAGACAAGCCACAGAGUCGUGGGGGGAAUGGCAUGUGCGCUCGCUUCGUAUAGCCAGAGCCCGCAUGCAUAGAGAGGGGAUGCAACGUUGGUCUACAUUCAUCCUGCAGCGCAUUUGGUCGCUCUGGGGGCAUAUGGCGAGGGGGGGGGACACAGUCACCGACAUGAUCAGCUGGAAGGACCUGCGAUUCUGGCGAGCUGAGCAACAAAAGCCCGCGAGCAUCCGCGUCCGGCACGCAGGACGCUUCAACCCGGGAGGGGACAUCGAGAGGGCAAUUGAAUCCAUUGCGGGCACUUCCUGGGGGGAAGUAGCACAGCAGCGCCAGGAGACGAGCGUCCCGUACAGGUUCGGCGUCCAGAAAGCACGAAGGCACAACCUCAUGCACACCAGAUGGGGGGGGCCAGCCCCAAUCCCAGCUGAGCCGACGCACCACCCGGAAGCAGCCAGCUCGGGGGACCCACAACCCACAGCAGCCAGGGGGACCUACCCACCCAUGGAGACCACUCAGCCCACAGCCACUGCCACGAACCCACCGCAGCCCACGAAGGAGGAGGACCGGGAACACAAGCCAGACCCGGCAGCAGCAGCGACCCAGCGCCACAGGACCCGCGGGCCAGCCCGCAGCAGCGCACCACGAUACCAGCUCUACCACCGACAGCCAAACACCUACGCAGCAAACCGCAAGUGCCCACCGCGAGUCGAGGCCAGCUACAGCGAAGCCCACCAGACAGACGACUGGCAACCAUCCCAGUGGCAAGACAACAGCGGCAGCUCCUACCAGGCGCCAGCGGGAGAUCCGACACAAGCACAGCCCAGCAGCAGAGGCAGCCAGCUCCCCAGCGGAGGGGACCAGCAACGACCCCUCAACACCGACCCACUGUGGGACGGACGCACACUCCGCCUUAGCGCCAGACCACAAAGUGGGGGGUGGGUCGACCAUGUACGGGACGGCCGCCAGCUCGGGCGACGCAACGACCCAACACCACAGCCAGCACCACCGCCAGGACCACCCCACACACCACACCAGGGGGAACACACGGACCUCAUGCAGCGCCACAGCUACUGUCACACACCCAACACAGCAGCCGCCGUGACAGCAGCACAACAAGCACUACAAGCAGCUAACCGCAGGGGGGAAACAGAAGCCCUCGCACUUCAGCAGCAAAUCCAGCUCAUUCAUGAUGUCGCAGAAGAGCUGGGGGGGGACCCGGGGGCAGCCAUCACUACGAUAUGCGAUGUGCUAGCACGCCAGGUGUCCCUAUUGGCACCAACGCGGGCGCUGCCUGAAACCUGCAAGACCAGCAGGAAGCGAGCACUCACGGAACCCAACGUGCUCACCGAAGCGCUCUCCCUCACUUCCAGGUUUUCCUUCUCGGGGGGAGCCUCACUCACGGCAGAGGAGCGGGCUCAAGACAUGGCCUUCCCCAUCCGAGUGCUCGAAGCGGGGCAAAGUCAACUCAUGGAACCGAUGCCUGCUGAUGUGGGGGAACCCGCCAUUCAGCACGCAGAGCGCUGCCUGCGUAAAGCACGUGAGCUGGCCACACAGCUCCGAGACAGGGCCAUUAGGGGGGAACCGUGGUGGGACCUUCCGAUGGCAAUCUGGGAGCAGCUACGCCGCAACACGGCACCCGCGGCCUACCUCAUCGAACGCAGGGGGGACGCCUUCCUCGACACAGGCAGACAAGUACGAGCCAGAGCGAGUGAAGCAGCCAGGGGGAGCCGGGAUGCAAUGCCGCGGGCACACCCUUCGGAUGCCAUCGCUUUGGCAGACCAGGGGGAAGAAGCAGAGGCGAGAACGUCGACUACAGCAACAGCUUACCUCCUCCUAGCCGAGGCGGCCCAAGCUUUCAGCGCAUUGGUCCCCCAGCUGGGGGGGGAACAGGCAGCAAUCGCCGCGCAAAUGCUGCACGCAGUGGAACACGUCCGGCAAGCAAUCUUCGGGGGCGUCGUAGCCGUCCAUGACGAGACCCAGACGGAGGACCCGGAGGACAGCCAAAGGACACUACCCGCUCUGCAGAACGACCACGGCGACGAGGUGGGGGGCAACACUGAGGUACAGACCGAGCCCCUGCCGACCCAGAACGACUUCGACGGGGAGAACACAGUGACAAGACAAGGGGGAGAAGCCCCUGACUACAGCCUGGGAAGCGAUAUGCCCGGGACCGAGACAGAGGACGAAGCCUUCGGCCUGGACCGCAGGAGGCGAACCACAACAACUGGGGAGGGGAACGCUCCAUGGACUACGCUUGUGGGGAUCACUGCCUCGCAAGCAGCGCCACACAUCACCGCCAGCCUGGAGGCGGACAUCCAAGCUCUGGGGAGACCAACGCAGGAAGGAGUGGCACCACCUGGGGGGAGCCCAGAGGCAGACAACACUCUGCCACCGACUUUGCCUUGGGCGGAGCAAUGGCAAACGCAGUUGGGGGAAGCAAACUCCGACGACCUCGGCGUCUACUACCAGAGGGGGGACAGCGAAGAAACAGAAGUGAGUGGCGAAAGCCACCGCCGCCGCAGACUCCAUGCUGCGGGGCUUGACUGA